AUGGCUGCUUGUCUUCGUUUCACCCGUCGCACUGUUCAUGGUGGCCUCAUACUAUCGCUCACGGACACCCUUGGCUCUCUCGCCGUGGCCUCGAAGGGCCAUUUCAUGACCGGUGUAUCGACUGAUAUCCAAACGUCGUUCGUCAAACCCGCUGGCAGGCCAGGCGACGUCCUACACAUGAAAGCAUCGUUAAUUGCAAUGGGGAAAUCCCUAGCGUAUACAAGGGUCGAUUUCACCGAUCCUAAAGGCAACCUGGUUGCUUAUGGAACUCACACGAAAUAUGUCGGGAAAUCUUCAGUGCAUCCGAAAAACGUGAAAUUGUCGAACGACGGUGAAAUAGUGCUUGAAGGUGAAGAUUUAGACGUAGAUUGA